AUGCCAACCUUUCUCGACUCAUUCGGACCACUCUCUUCAACCAUUCAUGGUAUCCUCGUUUCCUCGAUUCUGAUACCAGCUUCAUUGACAUCUUUCUUCGCUGGCAAUGUUGCUGAUUACAUGGGUCGUAUCAUUACUUGCUCUGCUGGCGGCUUGAUCUUUGCAGCAGGAACUGCUCUAGAAGCCGGUGCUCAAAAUCUCGCUAUGCUGUUUGUCGGACGCUGCAUCACUGGUGUAGGCGAAGGACUUUUCCUGAGCACCCUUGUGGUCUAUGUAUGCGAGAUCGCUCCAGCAAGACAACGAGGUGUGCUGGCUAGUGUUCAGCAAUUGCUAGUUACCAUGGGCAUUGCAGUCGGCUACUUCAUCUGCUAUGGCACAGUACGAAGCUCCACCUCAAGUUUCAGCUGGAGAUUUCCCUUUGCUUUGCAGAGUUUCCUCGCCUUCUCUUACGCAGUUCUGGCUUUCUUCUUCUUGCCGGAAUCACCUAGGUGGCUCAAGAGUAAAGGCCGUAUAGAGGCUUCACAUGAAGCCUGGGACAAACUAGGCAUUGCCGAUGCCGAGCGCGAGAAGAACGAACAACAAGACCAGACUCUUACGGUUCAGGAACCGGAGAGUCUUGCACUGACGCCAAUUCGGUCAAGGCAGAGUGUGCACAAUGCCUCACAGAUCUCGUGGCUUGCGGUCUUUGCGAAGGACACACGCAAACGCACAUUUCUGGGUUGCUUUUUGAUGGGCAUGCAGCAACUCUCAGGCAUUGAUGGAGUGCUCUACUACGCGCCCUUGUUGUUCCAACAAGCCGGCCUAACCAGUAGCACCUCUUCCUUUCUAGCGUCUGGCGUCUCAGCUCUCCUUAUGUUCCUCAUCACCAUCCCCUCUUUCAUGCUCGCAGACAAAUGGGGCCGCAGAACCUCCACCCUAAUCGGAGGCCUCCUUCUCUCCAGCACAAUGUUCAUAAUCGGUGCUUUAUACGCCUCCAACUCCGUCCACGGCGACCACGGCCCCGCUCGCUGGCUCGUCAUCAUCCUAAUCUACAUCUUCGCCCUAACCUACUGCACAACCUGGGCCGUCGGCAUAAAAAUCUACGCUUCGGAGAUCCAACCGCCGAAAACUAGGGCGCCGGCUACUUCGCUAGCGCAAUCUUCAAACUGGGUUGUCAAUUUCGUGGUUGCGUUUACCACGCCGGUGUUUUUGCAGCAUUCGACCAGUGGCGUUUACUUUAUGUUUGGCGCCGCGAGUUUGUUGACGGUGGUUGUUUGUGCGACGGAAAUGCCAGAGACGAAAGGGAAGACUUUGGAGGAUAUUGAUAGGGCGUUUGAGCAUGGUGAUGAUGGUCAGCAGACUUCGGUGAGAUUGAGGAUGGUCAAGUUGUUGAGGAAGUGGCAGCUUAACAGUCUUGAUCAGCGUAGAGCGCCGGUUGAGGAACAUGAAAUGUAA